UGGCUUCAGAUAACGCGCAGGUCUUGAGUGGUGACUCUGGAUGCAGGAGAGCUUGUAGCACCCUGGCUAUCCGUUGUUGGUAACCAGAUUGUGCAACUGUCAUUUCAUUUUUCCUGGACCAUGAGAAAUAAAGGCACAUCUUGGUUAAAAAAAUGUCUCUGCAUAUAAUCAAUAACGUCACCAAGCCACCACUUAUUUUAGCCAGUUUGUGCUGUAGGCUGCACAGCUCGUGGUAAGAACUGUACUCUAUGCACAACUGUAGGCUAUGCGUAACAAAUGUUUGGAGUGCGAAUCCUGACAUACCUCAUUCAACGUCAGAACACCUAACGACAGACAUUCCGUUUCACUGCCUCAUAUUUAGCGGAAUUUGAAGCACCUGCAAAUCAUAACAGAGCCAACCAACCAGUAACAGCUUCUGUUCAUUUUGAUCCCUUCUCUAUUUAAACGGCUGUGGAAGGUUUGGUCACAUUCAGAAUCAUCCGCCAUUUCAGAAUGAGGGCUCUCGUGUUUCUCCUGCUCGUGGCCGCUGCCAGCGCCAAAGUGUUUGAGCGGUGCGAGCUGGCGAGGACGCUGAAGGCUGCGGGAAUGGACGGCUACCUCGGGGUUUCCCUGGGAGACUGGGUCUGCUUGACCAGGUGGGAGUCAGCCUACAACACGUCCGCCACUAACCACAACAAGGACGGAUCGACGGACUUCGGCAUUUUCCAGACCAACAGUCGCUGGUGGUGUAACGAUGGCGUGACCCCCUCUGAGAACGGCUGUAAUAUCCUGUGCUCCAGACUGCUGUCCCCUGACAUCAGCGAUGCGAUUACGUGUGCCAAGCGUGAGGUCAGAGAUCCCCACGGGAUCAGAGCAUGGGUGGCAUGGCGGAAGUACUGCGAGGGACACGAUGUCAGCCCAUACAUCGCGGGCUGUGGGGUGUGAGACAGGCACCCAGAGAGAAGCACCUUCUCUCCUUCCCUCUCUCUUCUGUGAUCACUCUUCUGAUCUUUCCAAACCUGGCACACUCACAAAGGCUCAACGGUGAAACGCUUGCCCUUGAGUCCCUUGCUUGUCAGUAUAAAAAUGAUUAAAUAAUCAACCUGAA